CUCACCUCGCCCUCCUCGCCCAUAUCCCCGUUCCGCCUAGAGAAGCACUGCAUACCCCGUAGAAAGCUUCUUCUCCCACAAUUCCGAGCCAUGUCGUCGCCGUUCUCGAUUAACGGCGGUGCCUGCGUCGCCAUGGUGGGCAAAGACUGCGUCGCCAUCGCCUGCGAUCUCCGCCUUGGCAUGCAAGCCCUCACUGUGUCCAAUAACUUCCCCAAGAUCUUCCAGUACGGCGACGUCUUCCUCGGUCUAACAGGUCUCGCUACCGACGUAUCGACCGUCUCCGAUCUAUUCCGCUACAAAGUCAACAUGUACCGACUGCGCGAGGAGCGCAACAUCAGCCCGCAGACCAUGGCCAACCUUGUCAGCUCGAGUCUGUACGAGCGGCGGUUCGGCCCAUACUUCGUCAGCCCAGUGAUUGCGGGGAUCAACCAGACCACGGGAAAACCGUUCAUCUGCGGAUUUGACAGCAUUGGAUGCAUUGAUUUCGCGAAGGACUUCAUCGUGAGCGGAACAGCGAGCGACCAGUUGUUUGGUACUUGCGAGGGGCUUUGGGAGCCGGAUCUGGGACCGGAGGACCUCUUCGAGACGUGCUCACAAGCACUGCUCAACGCCGUGGACCGAGACGCUCUAUCAGGCUGGGGAGCGCACGUCUACAUCAUCGAGAAGGACAAGGUGACGAAGCGGUUAUUGAAGGGCAGGCAAGACUGAGGUGGUGCACGGCAUGCAAUGCUGCUGGGUACAAGCGAUCAAUGGUUCUGGAAUCAUAAGCGUUAUGAACGACAUGGCUAGUAGCCUAAAGGAGCCUCAACAGGAAGACGACGAGGCAUCCAUCAUGAUACGGCAUAUGGUAUAAUCUAGAUGAACUGCUCCACUGGGGUAUGACAGGGCUCGAUCAAAGCUUCGAUGGUCCCUAGACAUUGUCCUGUUCUCCUUGUCUUCC